AUGACUCCACGGACAAACACCACAAAGAAGCCACCCAACCCCAUCCCCUCACCACCCCCCUCAACCUCAACCUCCACCUGCUCGCAAACAUGCUGCACAAACCCCUGCAUCGCCGGUCCGUCUUCCUUGACCCACAAACGCCCCGCAUCACCCACGCCCCCAUUUACACACUACUCGAGUAUUUCGAAUCCGUGCGUCGGACCCGCGCGAUUGCGUUGCGCGCCACUUGAGUUGCACGAGUAUCCGCGGCGGGAGCGGAAUGGGAGGGUUGAUAAGGGGAAGGCGAAAGUGGAGGGGGUAGCGAUGGCAGGAGGAAGAGGAAGAGGAAGAGGGGAAGGAGGGGCGCAUAUGAUGAAUUAUACAGGACAGAGGAAGAAGUGGAGUCAUGAUUUAGUUGCUCGCAUGCGAGAAGAUGAUGGUAGUAGUAGUAGACGCAACACUGCUUCUCCUGCUAUCUCGCCUGCUCCUGCACAGCCGCAUGUCGCUGUCGCUGUCGCAUCACCGGCAUCCAGACGCGAUAGUAUGGAGCCCGAGGCCCAGAUGCCGAAUGUCACGACGCCGCUCGUUACUGUGCUGUCGCCACAACCGCAGUUAUCACCGGCCCAGCGCCAAAUGCAGCAAGAUGCAAAAGAGAGUAGCGAGAAAGAGGGAGAGAAGAAAGAAAGCAAGAGCAAGUUGCACCAUAUGAAGCGCAUUUGGAGCAGUCUUGUUUGA